AUGACACAAGUACGAAAUAUUCUUCCCGAUGAUCCCACACCUCACCAUUAUAAGAUAACUAUCUUGCCGGACCUUGAUGCUUUUUUGUUUACAGGCCAUGUUGACAUACAGCUAACGGCAAAACGAACUCAAAAAAGUAUCACUCUUCACUGCAACGAGUUAUCCCUCGUCAAGGUGACUCUUACUUCUGCAGGAAAUCCUUCGGCAGUGGAAACAAUUCCUGCUGAGUCUAUUCUUCUUGAUGCAUCGGAAAUGAAAGCAACAUUUCUUUUACAGACACCUUUUAUAGGAGAAGCUGUUCUCUCAAUUGACUAUACAGGAGAGAUUAAUGACAGACUUGCCGGUUUUUAUAGGAGCAAAUACACUGUCAAGGGAAAGGAAUGUUACAUGGGCAGCACACAGUUUGAGCCUGUGGAUGCACGUCGUGCAAUCCCUUGUUGGGACGAACCGGCGGUAAAAGCGGUAUUUGAAAUGAUUAUUACCGCGCCCUCCAAUUUGCUGGUACUUUCUAAUAUGCCGCAUCGUCAUAAGGAAAAGGUUGGUGAUAAGAUCCGUUGGACAUUUUAUCCCACACCUAAAAUGUCAACCUAUCUUCUUGCCUGGGCGAUUGGUGAAUUUGAAUACGUUGAACGCCGCAUUAAAAAAACACAUGGAGUGGAAAAUGGACAGCCUGAGGACACCCUUGUGCGUGUUUUUACGCCUGAAGGAAAGACGCCCAAGGCUUCUUUUGCCUUGGACGUUGCCUGCCAGGUGUUGCCACUUUAUGAAGAAUUUUUUGAAUCCAACUACAUAUUACCCAAAGCUGAUCUUCUUGCUAUACCUGACUUUGCUGCGGGUGCAAUGGAAAAUUGGGGUCUUAUUACCUAUCGUGAAACAGCCCUUUUGUGUGAUGAAAACUCAAGUGCCUUUCAACGUCAGUAUGUUGCUAUUGUGGUGGCACAUGAGUUGGCGCAUCAAUGGUUUGGUAAUCUUGUGACAAUGCAGUGGUGGAAAGAACUUUGGCUUAACGAGUCUUUUGCCACUUAUAUGGAAUAUUGGUCUAUAAACAAAUUGUUCCCUGAUUGGCAUGUCUUUACACAGUUUGUACAUCAAGAAAACUCACGAGCUUUAAAACUGGACUCAUUACGAAGCUCGCAUCCUGUGGAAGUGGAUGUUCAAAAUGCAAAAGAAAUUGAUGAUAUUUUUGAUGCAAUCAGCUACAGCAAAGGUGGGAGUAUCGUCCGUAUGGUCGUUAAUUUUAUUGGAGAAGCUGCCUUCCAGAAAGGUAUGACUGCGUAUUUAAAACAUUUUGCAUAUGGAAAUGCCACAACAGAGGAUUUGUGGAACUUUUUGGGCAAAGCAGCAGGAAAAGCAUUGGUGCCGAUCUUGAAGUCUUGGACGGGCAAACAGGGUUAUCCAUUUCUCACGGUUGCUUCUUCGCCGGACAAACAAACAUUACAAAUAAUACAACAUCGUUUUUUUGCCACUGGUGACACUUGUGAAAAAGAAGACGAAACUGUAUGGAAGAUUCCCUUGAUGCUUACCACACCAGAACAUGGCAUUCAGCGUUAUGUGUUGGAGGAGCGAAAAAAUUCCUUGACAUCCCCGCAUCCUUCAUGGGUGAAAGUAAACAGUGAUCUCUCUGCGUUUUGUCGCGUAUUGUAUGAGAGUGAAGACCUGCUCCAAAGCCUACUUUCUGCUGUGGCAGCAAAAAAACUCUCUAAUAUUGAUCGACUUGGUAUUAUUUCUGAUUAUCAUGCUUUUGCCCGCGCUGGAUACUGCGGUGCAGUAAAGGUGUUGCAACUUCUUUCCUACUAUGUGGAUGAGGAUGAUUUCACAGUAUGGUGCUGUAUCAUUGACUUUGAAACGGAAUUGAAGGCAGUUGUGGCAACCCAAGGUGAGAAGGCUUUAAAUGCGCACAACACUUUCUUCCGAAAAUUGUACUCCAAUGCUAUGAAGAAAGUGGGAUAUACCUUCAAAUCUGAUGAUGAUCAUAAUGUGAUUCAAUUGCGCGCCUCACUCUUCACGCGCCUUGUGGCUGAUGAAGACGAAGAGACGAUCGCAUACGCUCUUAAUUUAUAUGCAGAACGCCAAACAACACCAAUAAAUUCAGAUCUUCGCUGCGCUGUCGUCAGUGCCUUUCUUAAGAGGAAUGGCAGAGCUGCGUUGGAUGAAGUGAAGAUGCUUGCCGAAACGGCAUUGGAUGCGAUGGAACGAACACACUAUCUUCGUGCAAUGGCCUCUUCAAAGGUGGAUGGAUUGGUGACUGAGCUGUUUGAAUACGCCUUUUAUGGAAAGAUUCGCAGCCAAGACAUUGUCUACAUCCUUGGCCCUCUGGCUGCCAAUACGGAGACGUUUGAAGCGUAUGCAAGCGAGCUUAGGCGCAUGUGGUCACUGCUAGUGAAGAAGCUCCCCGGGCUUAUCCUGGGUGAUGCAGUAAAGUUUAUUGAACAUGGGGCUAAUAAAAACGUGGCAAAUGAUAUGGAAGCCUUCUGGAACAAACUUGACGAGGGGGAUAAACAGGGAAUGUUGCGCAGCUUCCAGCAGGGACUUGAGGGGAUACGUAAUAAUGCAGUCUGGGCCUCUCGUGACGCCAAGGAGGUUGCAGAGUUUUAUUUCAAAGCGUAUAGGUAA